CGGCGACGCGGGCGCAAAGCUGCUCACUGGCCGGCUCACUUCGCCGGGCUUGAGCAUGUCGCCGGCCGAGGAGAUCAAGCCUGAUGCUCCAGCGUCUCGUCCGGCAGCCGAGCUGGACUCGACGGCAGCCUACCCGUGCCCCGUCUCAAAUCAGAUCUCGCCCGCAUUCAGCGGUCGACAGGAUCUUCUCGGCGUGUUCGACCUGUUGCCGCUCUAUGACCACUUUGUGCGGCCGUACAAAAAGGCAGCCCAAGACAGCGUCAACGAUACUGAGCCGGCUGACCAGACCGACAAGUUUAAACCGGUCGAUAUCACCCUGGGCAUGCCCGCUUGGAGCGUAGGACCCAGCAAGAAGGCAGCGACGCUCGGUCAGCCUUCUUCGCCAUCGCAGCCAGACGGGAGAAAGAACAAGAUGGACAAGAGUCUGUAUGCCUACGCGAUGGACGAACCAGCGUACGUCAAGCCAGCAAAGGACAGUCAGACUCACUUGCUACAGGACCUCCUCUUCGACCCCAACAAAGAACCUGGGCCUAUUCACGACUUUGACGAAAGCGCGAUCAGAGAGGCCUUCACGCUCAAAGCUGGCGUCUUGCCUGGUUUUGACCCGGCAACAUGGUCAAAGACGUACCGAGAUUCAAAGACGAGAAAGCUCCGCAAACAUGCAAGGACAGACACGCUCACAGAUGACAAUCGCGACCGCAAACGUAUCCGGCCAAGCUAAACAAUACAUACAUUCUGCGACUGCGACUGAACAAACACAUCUACGGGCAUUGCGCUAGCGUCUCUCGUCACUCAUUCGGGCGUCGUUACCGUCUCUAUCGCCGUCGGAAUCGCAUUGGCCAAGAUCUCCAACGACCACGGCGGAUUGUCGAUCGUCUUGAUCGACCAGAAUGCAUGUCUGCAAGGGCAACCUGUUCAGCACAUGCAUGCGAGGGCGCAUAGCAGACGCACCCUGCAAACUGAUACCACUCGCCGACUGCAGUAAGCACGCCAGAAGCGCUGGUACCAAUCGCUCGAUUCGGUGUACGAAUUGACGCAAUCAUCUGGCAGGCUGAGUGACCAUUCGUUGAGCCAGAGCGGUCGGGGGU